CUCCAUACUGAGUGCGGUCUGUAGCUAAAGACGCCAGGGAUUGCGCUAGUUGAGUACUUCGGUGGUGUUUUAAUUAAGGAUCUUCAGUUUUAUUGUAAUCAGAUUUAUUGGAUUUCUGACGGCCCACAUGUGUCGCGUAGCGGUUUGAUCAGCGAAGAGAAGCGCCACCUUAAAAGAGGUGGCACAAUGCGCUUUCGGUAAUCCACUUCGUCCAAAUGAGCAGGUUGUUCGCGGAUAGACGACCACCAACCGCGGGGUUGGUGGAGCUACACAUCUACUAUAUUCCAGACGAACAGUGGAAUUCAAAAUUAAAUACCGUCUCGGCAGAUGCCGUUAACAACUUCGUCUCCGCAGGAUUUAUACGGGUACAUCCUGAUCUGAAUCUACGGGAGCUAAGGGAACAACUUGCAGAUCUCUUGGGAGAAGAUGUGACAACAGAAAAGUUUGCAUUUCUCAAAUGUGUGGGCAGAAGCUUGGCACUGGUGAAAGCAAAGCAAGAAAGAGAGCUGAAGGCAAAGUCCUUUCUGCCUCCAUGCGCACCUCAGCCAGAAUUAUAUUUGUUACCACGUGGAAUGUAUCAUGGAGGCCUUUAUUCAGUAUCUCCAACACCUGAACUGCAAGACAUCCAGAAGGAUGAAAUCAAGAACUUUGUUUUCCCUCACAAGUUACCUGCUGAGAAAGCCUUUGCCAGCCGAUUGCCAAGGCCAAAACACAGGACUUCUCAAAAACCUCAUUCCGCAAUGGACACAGAAGAGCGGGAACAGUUUUUCUGGGAGAAAGAGAAGGAAAUGGAAAUAACAACAGACCACCAGUGGAACCGAAUCGAAGAGCCCCAGAAGAAAUUUCAAGAGAAACAUCCUUCUGCUGUAAUGAAAACAGUUGCAGAAAGGUUGCCAAAUGGAAAUAUGCAGGGAAAAAGUAGAACUUUGAAGGAUGUCCGGGUAUCGAGAAAUAACACCAGAGAUUCAGGAGUCCCAGAAUCCCUUGAGGACAAAGACUCUGAGAACUUGCAACGUCAUCUUCUAAGGGAAAUUGUGGAAAAUGGCAAGAAUCGGAAAAUAGUUAAUCAGGCUAAGGAUACUCCACAAUAUUCAUCUCCACCCUCACCGCCCUUGGUGACGAUGAGUUUUCAAAAGUCUCAGCUUCCAGCCUUUGCCACAGACAGAGAUGAACUUAUUGAACAAAUUAAAAUUGCUAAGAAAGAAAGAAAGCAAUUGGAAAAGACCAGACAGGAGCUAGUAAAGAAAGCAAAAGGUCUUCUAGCACAAAACUAUCAUGGAAGAAAUCAAGCAAGAGAUAUUUGGAAAAAGAGAUAUUUUGAGACAAAAAAGGCAACAGUUGUGCGUGAGGAAACACUGAAAAGGCUUUGCCAGGAGCUAGAAUUCGGUUAUCAGAAGAUUCAGCAACAGCUACAGACAAGAGAGCAGAGAAGAAAUCCUAGAAAUCCAGCUAAGAAUACAGACUCCAAGAAUAGUCUUUUAAUUCAAAUUACCACAGAGCAAUAUGAAAUUGACAACCUGAAAAGAAAAGUGGAUGAUGCCAAAAUGAAGCUUGUUACUGAGAUCAAGCUCAGGAAGCAAGCCUCUGUGGAAAUAAGAGCUCUCAGAGCUGAACUGACACAAAAGAAAACCCAGAGUUCCUUAACCAAUCUGAAUGAAUGGAGAGCACCUCAGACUUUUUAAAAUGUGUCACAGGCCGUCUUCAGAAGACUCGGCAGAAACAGGGAUUUCCAAGCAUGAUACAAUAAGAAAGCAUGGUCAACUACAAAUUGCCAAACUAAUAUUUUUUUUAAUAUUAAUGUUGCUACUGAAACAUAUUAAGAAUAAUGCAUUAUGUAUAAGGAUUUGUUCAUGUGAGAAUUUUAAAAUCAAUGUUAUUGCAUAAAAUA